AUGAAAAAGCUGAAACAGAUCAGUGUUCCAGCUUGGGAAUAUCUUGAUAGGUUUGAUCCAGCUGCUUGGUCAAAGGCGUUUUUCAGUCCCGGACCCAAGGUUGACAAUAUCACCAAUAAUAUGUGCGAAGUUUGGAACGCUAAGAUAGUGGCAUACAGGGGUAAGCCAAUACUGACAAUGUGCGAGGACUUAAGAUGUUAUCUAAUGCGGAAGAUGGCAGCACACAAAAAAAAGCUAGAGAAACAUGUUAGUGCUUUAGCUCCAGUGCAGCAAAAAAGAUUGGACGACUUCAUUAAGCCAAAAAGCCAAAAAUGGAAAGCUAUCUGGGCUGGAGAUAGUAAGAGAGUUCUUUUUGAAGUGCACUGUCGAAAUCACAAGGUUGGGGUUAAUCUUGAAGAAAGAACAUGCACAUGCAACCUAUGGCAGCUAACUGGUAUGCCUUGUAGACAUGCAGUGGCAGCUAGGUCUAAGAUGGACCUUAGGCCUGAAGAUUUUGUGCAUAAGUGGCUGACAAUGAAAGCAGUAAGAGCUACAUACUCACAUUGCAUCAAACCGGUUAAUAGUGAAGAGUACUGGGUACAAUCGGAUGCUCCUAAGACUCUUCCUCCUCCAAUCAAAAGAGCUGCUCAUAGGCCAAAGAUGAAGAGAAGAUCAGACCCGAUUGAGAAAGAGAUGAAUCCAAACAAAUGUAGAAAAACCUUUCAGGUCACUUGCUCAAAGUGUGGUCAGUUAGGACACUACUACAAGACUUGUACCAAUGCACCUCAAGACCCGAAUUGGAAACCUAUGACAAAGAAAGAGAGAAGGACAAAGAAAGCGUCUUUGCAAUUUGUAGAGUCAAGCCAAGCUAACACUCAGCAGUUACCAUUUAUGAUAGACUAA